GGACGCGGAUAGAGAGUUCCAGUGUAACAACAUGGCGAGCGGCUGUUUAAGCUACGAGGGUUGUAAUUUCUUCAGACAGAGACUGGUUCUAUCAACUCUCAGCGGUAAACCAGUCAAAAUCCGAAAGAUCCGAUCCAAGGAUGAUAAUCCUGGACUACGAGAUUUCGAAGCAAGUUUCGUAAGGCUGAUGGACAAGAUAACCAAUGGCACCAGAAUUGAGAUAAAUGAAACAGGUACAACACUGUACUUCCAGCCAGGUCUGCUCUAUGGAGGACCAGUGGAACAUGACUGCAAUCUCCAGCGCUCCAUUGGCUACUACUUGGAAGCACUGCUGGCACUGGCUCCUUUCAUGAAGAACCCACUCAAAGCUGUCCUGAGAGGUGUAACCAAUGACCAGAAAGAUCCUUCAGUUGACUGUCUCAAAGCCACAGCCAUCCCCUUAAUGAAGAAGUUUGGAAUUGAUGGGGAAGGCCUUGAAUUAAAGGUUCUGAAGAGAGGAAUGCCCCCUGGUGGUGGUGGGGAGGUUGUCUUCUCCUGUCCCGUGAGGAGGUUUAUUAAACCAGUGCAGUUAACAGACCCUGGCAAAGUGAAGCGCAUUCGAGGCAUGGCAUUUUCAGUAAGAGUCUCCCCACAGAUUGCGAACAGAAUUGUAGAUUCUGCCAGAAGCAUUUUGAACCAGUUUAUACCAGACAUAUACAUUUACACAGACCACAUGAAAGGAGCAAAUUCAGGAAAGUCCCCAGGAUUUGGUCUUUCAUUAAUAGCAGAGACAACGAACGGGACCUUCCUUAGUGCUGAAAUGGCUUCCAACCCUCAGGGACAAGGGACUCCCAUCCUCCCAGAGGAACUUGGCAAGAACUGUGCCAAGCUACUACUUGAAGAAAUUUACAGAGGUGGCUGUGUGGAUUCUGUAAAUCAGAGCUUGGCUUUGCUGUACAUGACCCUUGGACAGCAGGAUGUUUCCAAAGUUCUUUUGGGCCCACUCUCUCCAUACACGAUUGAGUUCCUCCGACAUUUGAGAAGUUUUUUCCAAACCAUGUUUAAGAUAGAAACACAAAAGCCAGAAGAGGAUGCAAAGGGUGGCGAGAAAGUUCUGAUGACCUGCGUUGGAGCUGGAUAUACAAACCUUAGCAAAACUUUGAAAUAAUAUGAAAAAAAAAAAACAGGACUUCUAGAUUCCGUUUUUAACUUUUAAGACUAGGCUGUAAAACAUUUGUUAUAAUAAAAAAAAAAAAAAAAAAAUGUAUAGUGCACAUGAAGAGGUUUAUGUUUUGUACAUCGUCUGAGUGUUUGUGAUACGUUAAUGGGAUACUAAAAUGCACUACUUUGCAUCAAAGAUGAAUUCUGAAGUGUAGAACAACUGCUGUAAUGCUUUAAAACUAGAAACAAACAAGUGGGCUCCUGGCAGAAGCUGUUCAGUGAGAAAUGGAUCCUUGCUGGUUCAUAAGUGUUACUGAUCACUUCUAGAACAAUUUACAUAACAUGCUGUUCCUGCACAUUUGUGUUCCCUGCCCCCCCCCCCCCCCCCCC